CAUUACGUGCUUCUUAACUCGAUAUGCUUAACAUUCUCCCCCAGCCCAGUACACAUCUGAUUCUUGUCUUGAGCUGAUCUAAUUAAAUAUGUGUCUGUUUGCUGAAGAAAGUCCAGCAGAAACUUAAUCUUCUUUAAAUAUUUAUGUAAUACCACAAUCCGAUUUAUUUAUUUGCUGUCUACGUCAUCAAGACGAGAAGACAUGCGUUCAAAUAUUACUUCUUCUCCAGCGACACUUCCAGUUACACCAGAAUUGGUGUCCGUACAAAAUUAAUUAGUCGCAAUAAUGGACCACACCACAGAAAAAGAAACAGAACAACAAACCCACCAUCGAAACCGAAACGUAAACUUUCAAGUAGAUGAAACAAUCCGAAUUCGAAGAGAAUCUGACUCUUCUUCUCAACAUGAAUCCAUCAGUGAAGAAGUUAGCGUGGUUAGAAAUAUCAACAUUUUCCUCGACCCUGAAGAGCUCGCAGACGCGAUCGACUCCUGGGUGGGUGGGGUUGACGAUGGUGGAUACAACCACCACAAUCAAGUUGACGAUUUCGUCUCAUCUUCCUCUUCAUCCUCUGAAAACUCUAAUAACAAAUUCUGCUCGCAUAAAACGUUCGACAUUUUCUUAGAGAUUUUGUCCUUAGGUUUUACCAUGUGUGAUAUGUCUUUCGUGGGAAUAUUAGUGUACAGACAUUACAUGGCGGAUGAAGACCCACUCCAAGCGUGGGCAAUGUUGUUGCCUAUUUUUCUGUCGACUUUUGGAGUUCAGUUGUUUUUCGAGAAAUAUCCUCCGAGUAAAAGUUGGUAUAAUGAGAUACUCAACAUUCCUUUAGUGGGACCCAUAUUGUGUACAGGUGAACUUUUAUACGCAAAAUUGAAGCCGGCGUCUGACGAGACACAUAGGAUUGAAGCAGAGAGCAUAAAACUGAAACAGUAUGAAAGCAUGUUUCGUGCAUUCCCGGAAGGAAUGGUCAUGUUGUCCGUCCUAUUCAUCAAUCGUACGGAACAAAGUGCAAAUUUUCUGCAAAAUUGGAUGAUGGAAAUUCUUUGUGUCAUAUUUGCAAUUCUCUGCCUUGCUGAAGCCCACUGGUAUGGAAUUGUGUCAGACUUUUAUAGGAUUCAUGACAAAGGGAAACCAACUCUUUUUAAUCAUGAAGACCGACAACGGCCACAUAAAUUGCAAAUGUGGCAAAAAUUCUUACUCUUCUUCCACGCAGUUUUAGCCAUUGGCUUGCGCAUAUUUUGCGAAGGACUCAUCCGGGCCACAGUCUAUUUCAACCUGAACAAACAGAGUUCAAUGUUGGGGUCAAAAACUCAUCACACCUUCGCCGAAGUGCUUCUUAUCGUAUUCUUUGCGGAAAUGGGAAUACGCUCCAUUCUACAUUUGGCUGCACAAAUCUUACGCGAAUUGUCCAUCGAUCUCUAUAAAUGUUUGCUGAAUCCAUUUUUUGAGCCACAAUACAGGCGGAGAGGACCCGGAAGUGGGAGGCGAGGUUAUGCUCGCAUCGACACUCGAGCCAUUGACGGCACUUCGCCGGGCGACGAAGAGUCCGAACACUUUGAGGGAAUUCAUGGCGCAGUGAAACACGGACUUUUAGCGACUUUUUCGCCAUUACAAUUCCAAUCAAAAUAUUUGCCUACUGUGAUGUGGUUUUACGUGGAGAAUCUCACAUUUCUCAUCCUGUGGUUUCUAUUCACUAGAAAAGUCGAAAUCGCUACAGGAUCAGCGUUUAUCGUUUACGACCGCCAAGUGAUGAUCAUCGCGAUGACCUUGUUCCUUUCCUCCUUGGUGAUGCAGGGGGUGGUUUCCUAUCUGACCAUGCCCGACUCGGAUGUUUGCGUAGUUAGAAUACGCCGGGUUGCACAUCGUUACAUGACCAUGCCAUCGUUUCCCUCGGUGGCGCAAGUUUGACUAAAAUACGUGCACUUCGAGUAGCUAUUUCCGGUAAAUGGAUGCUGCUGGAAAAUGAUACAUAAAAAUAUGUCCAGGUUGAGCUUGGUUUCUUUUUUUACGUAUUUAAUAUGUAGUAACGAACGUUAUGCAAUAAAACAAAAAGUUUGGUAACUUCUUCUAUUACUAAAA